GCCAACGAACGACGACGUUUAACCUCAUCGUACUCGUCUUUCUGUAACUUUACAUCGUCGUUGGUUCUUUUCACGGAGCGGAUCUCUUCACCCGUGUGAUCGGAGGAUCUGCAAGAGUUCCUUACCCAGAAAAAAGAGCAAUACGAUUACCCACCCAAUCCAUAUGGCUUCAACGAGCAGACCGAAUUCUCUCCAAGAAGAUGAUGCGGAAGGAGAGGUGCAACAUUUCGAUGAUUUCACUCUUGCUUCAUCCUGGGAAAGGUUUAUUUCAGAUAUUGAAGCAACUUGUCGUCAAUGGCUAGCCGAUGGUCCCAAAAACCUAGUGGAAAAGGGUGCUGUUACAGUGGAAGAUUCCAAGAAUCUGUUUAAGGUCAAAUACGACCUGAAAAAUGUCACAAAGAGCUACUGUAUGGAGUUCUACUUCCAAAUUGACGAUAAUGGUAGCCAACAAGCGGGAGUUGAUAAUUGGAACACUAGUUCACAUGAUCUCCAGCUUUGCUUUGGGGUGAAGGAUUUUCUGUUGAUUGCUCCACAAAGUGCCAGUGGGGUGCUUCUUGAUACACCGGAGUCUAGCAAGCUUCUGAGUUCGGUUGCUAUUGCUUUGUCUAACUGUGCCAGCUUGUGGCCAGCCUUCGUCCCUGUGCAUGACCCUUCACGGAACGCAUAUAUUGGAAUCCAGAAUAUGGGCACUGUUUUUACUAGAAGAUUUGAAGCAGAUCGCAUUGGUAGUCAAGUCCCUGUGAAACUCAUGCACCUAGAAGGACUAUAUGAGUUGUUUUUUUCUAAGUUUGUUUAUUCUGGAGUGGACUUCUCAAUGCAUACUUUCAAAGUUCAUUUUAUGAUGAGGCUAACAUACGAAACCUUCACAUCUGACGAGGAUGAUGAGAACAGUGAUAUUGAUGAAUUUAUGGGUGACAAAGCUGACACUGCAGAACACCAUGGCUCUGAGUCACGCAACAAGGUGCACUGGGACGAUGAUUGUCCUUGGAGUGAGUGGUACUCUGCUGAAGAUCCACUUAGAGGAUUCGAAUUGGUGGUCACAUGGGCUGAUAGGACUGUAGAAAACACACUUGAGAUGGCUGAACUUGAAAAUGCUACACCUCAUGAAGCUGAGAAGUGGAUUUUACAUCCAGUCCUCUCACCAUAUCUGGGUGAGCCUUCACAUGGGAAAAAAAUUGAUUUUUCGUCCCAACUACUUUGCUUGGUUGAAGCAUUGGAUACGUCUUUCACAGCUCAGUUUAUGGAGGAUUUCGUGUCAGUGGAAAACUCAAGCUCUGAAAGUUUGAAGACUUCAGUGGUCAUACCUCCUCCAACAGUUCUUGAUCGGGUGAUUAAAGAUCUCUUUCAUGAAGGAUCCAAACUCCCAAAUUUUACUAAAGGCGAACACCGGCUUUCUCGAGCUCUUAAGGCUGCACCGCUUGAAUCUCUGUUCACACAAUUUUGCUUGCACUCACUGUGGUUUGGCAACUGCAAUAUCCGUGCCAUUUCCUUUCUCUGGGUAGAGUUUGUCCGUGAAGUUCGUUGGUGUUGGGAAGAGUCACAGCCGUUGCCAAAUAUGCCAAUCGACGGUUCUAUUGAUUUAUCCACUUGUUUGAUCCACCAGAAGUUGCAUCUGCUUGCAAUUUGCAUUGAAAAAAAUCGUGAAAUGAAUGAAGAGUUCCUAGACUGUAUAGGAAGUGACGACAGUUCAGACGCUUCUGUUUCCGUGGAGGAAAAUCACAAGGUCGACAAGAGAAGAAAUAGAUCCUCAAAAGCAGGCCUACAGAGGAAACGUGACAGCUCAAUUGCAGAAGAUACAUCUAAUCAACUCAGAUUUGAGAGGAAAGCUGAAAGCAAAAAUUCUGUGAACCAAAUCCGAGCAGAUGCCUUCAGGAGGGGUUCAGCUGGACCAGUGGGGACCAUGAUGCUCCUGAAGUCACAUCAGCCACUCCAUGCCCCAUUUACCCAGGAUCCACCUCUUAUGACUGAGGACAUGCACGAAGAGAGACUCCAGGCUGUGGAGGCGUUUGGUGAUUCCCUUAACGUUCCUGGCCAGUUGGAGAAGGACAUCUUGUUAUCUGACAUGUCAGCAUUCAAAGCAGCAAACCCAAAUGCUGUGUUCGAGGACUUUAUCAGAUGGCACUCACCUGGAGAUUGGGAGAGCUCUGAGCCUGAAGCUGCUGAAGCAUCGGCAGGCUCCAGCACCGAAGGCUCGAAGGAUAAAUGGCCUCCUCAUGGUCGCCUUUCUAAACGGAUGUCUGAUCAAGGAAAUCUCUGGCGGAAAAGUUGGAAUGAUGCACCCGCUUUGCAAGCCGAUGACCAAAAACCCCUCCUAGACCCAAACCGAGAGGGAGAAAAGAUUCUUCAUUACCUGGAAACAGUGAGGCCCCAUCAGCUCCUUGAGCAAAUGGUCUGCACAGCCUUCAGAGGAGCAGCCGACACUCUUAACCAGACAAACUUCGGGGACAUGAGACAAAUGACCUCUAAAUUGGAACAGCUCUACCUCAUCAUCAAAUCUACUUUGGGAGUUCUACAGCGCAACCAUGUUCCAGAUAGAGAACAGGCCGUCAAAGACCUGAGACGUCUCUGCGUGGCCUUUGAACACGUAGAGAAGUUGGUAACGGUCGCAGCAUCUCUUCACAGAAAGUUCCUUGACGCAUCACGCCUUGCUCAAGUUAUAUUCAGCGACUUCUACGCCCUUUAUGUUCCAAUGAUGGGAAUAAACUCAAAUGACGAAGAAGAGAACAAAAGCAGGACGCAGGAGAUGCAAGUAGGGAGACAGGAAGUGAGUUUCAGAGAGAGACAAGUGGUGUCGAAUCUGUUCUCGCCGCCAUCAGCGAACCAGUCUUGGAGAAAAGUGUUGAGUAUGGGAAAUCUACUAAACGGACACGAACCUAUUCUCAGGGAGAUCAUUUUCUCCACCGGAGAUGACGUCAACAACGGAAUCCAUUACGCUGCAGCUGCUGAUGUGGCGGCCAGCGGUGACCGGAGAGGGGAAGAAAUCGAGACACAUAGAAUGUACGUCUCUGGAACAUCUAACGAUCUCCGAGUUGCACUCUCUGUCACUUCCUGCGAUUGAAUUCUUUUUUCAUUUUGGUCCUUUAAUUUUCGAUAUUUUAUUAUUUAAUAGAAAUUUAGCAAUUGAACAAAUUUCAAAGCGUAAUUUAUUCCUUGAUGUGUAUUAAUUCAGACAAUAAAUAAAGGGUGAAUUUGCGAAAUGACUAAGUUUGGAAUGAAAAUUAAGGGCAGUAACAUUAAUUUUGACAGAAUUAAAUAUCUAACAAUUAAGCUUGAUCUGAGCCGGUUUUAUUCAUUGGACUUACAAGUAACCGGUAAAAGAGAGAUGGUGAGAUGAUAUUGAUAACAACAUGUAUGAUCAUUAUUUACCACGAACUAUUAUCUUAAAAGGGAAGAUACACAUUCCACGUCACGUAUUAAAUAGCCGCAUACGUUUCACUUUCACUGUGUUCAAUAAAUAAGUGGACAAAAAUAAAACUUUUCUGCAAUAAAUGGUAUUCCAUUUACUUCGUAUUAACAAAAUAAUAUAGAACACCAAUUCCAUCUCUACUCUAGAUAUUAAAGCCUAUCACAAUCACAUCCACAACCCCUAAAUACUAAAUCUUAAAUGUUAUUCACUAAAGUCAAAAUCAAAAUAUAAAUCAUAAAUCCAAAUAUUAACUCUAAACUCAAACAUAAUGAAAUAAAGUAAAUAGUACUAUAGUACAUAUUUACGAAAUUAUGAAAUGUUUAGGAUUGUACGUAAGAAGUUAAUGAUGGCCCCAAUUUCAACUCCCACCUUCCAAAUACUAAAUACUAAACCCUAAACCCUGAUCACUAAAUCCUAAACCCAAAUAUAAAUCUUAAAUACAAAUAUAAACCAUAAACUCAGAUAGAAUAGAACAAAUUCAAUAAUAUAAUACAUAUUGGUGAAAUUAUGAAAUAUAUAUGCUUGCAUGAAAGAAGUUAUGUUGACCCCAACCUCAACCCCCACCUUCCAAUUACUAAACCCUAAACCCAAAAUCAGUAAACCCUAUACCCAAAUUUAAACCCUAACCCUAAAUACUAAAUCGUAGACCCUAUUCACUAAAGCCAAAACCAAAAUAUAAAUCCAAAAUCUAAAUAUAAACUCUAAACCUAAAUAGAAUGAAAUAAAAUAAAUAGUAUAGUACCUAUUUACGAAAUUAUGAAAUGUCUAAACUUGCAUGUAAGAAAUUAAUGAUGACCCCAAUCUCAACCCCCACUUUCCAAAUACUAAACCCUAAACCCUAAUCACUGAAUUCUAAACCUAAAUAUAAAUUUUAAAUACAAAUAUAAACCCUAAAAUCAGAUAAAAUGGAACAAAAUCAAUAGUAUAGUACAUAUUGGUGAAAUUAUGAAUUGUAUAUGCUUGCAUGUAAGAAGUUAUGUUGACCCCAACCCCAACCCCCACCUUCCAAUUACUAAACCCUAAACCCAGAAUCACUAAACCCUAAACCCAAAUUUGAACCCUAACCCAAAUAUUAAAAUCUUAAAAUAGUGCAUAAUAUUAUGUAAUAUUAAACUAUACUAAAUACUAAACUCUAAAUCCUAAUUACUAAACUCUAAACCUAAAUAAGUAGAUUAAGCUAAACACUAAUCAAGGAAGCAUAAACCCAAAUAGAACAUAUAUAAUAUGGUUUACUAUACCCAAACCUUUACUUAGUAAAUCUAAACCUUAGACUGGAACCUAUAAACUCAAAUACAAUAUAUAAAUUGUUUUCCAAUAUUAAACACUUGAAAUCACAUUUACUUGGUUAGCAUGUUGCAUAUCUUAUAUUUCAUAUAGUCUAAGUAAUAUAGUAAACGAAUGUUUCAAAUAAUCAAAUUUAUCCAACACUCGAAAAAUGAAUUUCAUAUUACAAUCAAUCACACAAAAUGACAAAGAAGAGACCUAUCAAAUUUAAAAACAUGACAUAUUAUUACAUUUUUAAGGAGUAGUAUAGAAAUAUGUCUCAAGUAGUAUGGUAACUGUACAUAGGUAGCUAUACUUAAGAAUAUAUACUAUACUAUUCAUUUCACCGAAUAUAGUAUAGACGGCGAGGUCAUCUUCUUCAAUUCUUUUUUUUUAGACAGACUGAUACACAUUCAUUUCGUUCACCAUCAUUAUUCUUCACCACCAUAUAGAGAUCGUCUUCAUCUCCUCUCUUUUUUCCCGACAUGAUGAUGCUUUUACCGACUCGCCGUCGUUGUUCUUCACCACUAGAUCUGUAAAGCAAAAACAAAAACGAAAACAGAGGAUGGAAACAAAAGCAUGAUUGUGAGAAUCAAUUGAUUUAAGAAAAAAAAAGGAAAAAAAUGAAAGAGUUGUUGUGUGUGCUCACCGUCUACGCUUUCAUCGUUGUCUUUUUUUUCACCACUGGAUCUGUAAAACAAAAACAAAAACGAAAACAGAGUAUGAAAACAAAAGUAUGAUUGUGAGAAUCAAUUGAUUUAAGAAAAAAAAAGAAAAGAAAUGAAAGAGUUGUUGUGUGUGCUCACCGUCUAUGACUUCAUCGUUGUCUCUUCUUUAGAACAAUUGAUUGUUCUUUUGUUGAAAAGAAAUUCAAUUCAAAAAGAUGUGUGAGUAAUGAAAGACCACGUUUUACUUUUUACAGUUACAAAUUAUUAAUUAAAUAUUGCUUUCUUUGUGCAGGUUUCACCGGUUGUAUACAAGGGUAUAAUGGCAUUAUUAUACAAAAGACACAAUACAUAUUUGCAAGCUAGGUCUUUUUGUCAUACAAUGAAUUAUAAUUUGUUUGAAGGUUAUACAUCCCAAUUCUCCAUAAAUAAAUCUCACAUAUGUGUAAUUUAAGUAUUUAACAUUAAGGAAUGGAUUAUCUUUUUCAUCAA